CUUCCAGAAUUUCCUGAAUGGUAGCGAAACCAUUUCGCAACGGUGUUGGACCAUUGAAUCACAACCACGCGCGCCGUCACAAUGGCAGGGGAGUCCAACGUAAUCAAGGUUCUCGGCCUCCACGGCAUGGGCACAAGUGGCCGAAUUUUCCAAUCUCAGACAGUCAUUUCAGCCGCAUUUCGCUCCAAGCUUCCUGAUGCCUUCGUCUUUGAAUUCCUCGACGCGCCACACCGUACCAACCCGGCCCCCGCAACAGAUAUCUUUUUCAAGUCCGAUCACCUCGGUUGGUGGCAAACCCCGACAGUAGACAACAUACGCAAUGCUCUCGAGGUUCUCGACGAGCAUCUCGAGAAGCAUGGCCCCUACGACAUACUCAUGGGUUUCUCUCAAGGCUGCUCGCUCAUUGCCAGCUAUAUCCUCUUCCACACCCGCAAGACACCCAAUACCCCCCUCCCCUUCAAGUCAGCCGUCUUCAUCUGCGGCGGCAUCCCCCUCUCGGUCCUGGAGUACUUGGGUAUUGAGGUGUCGGAGGAGGCCAAGGAAAUUAAUCAGAAGACGGGCGACCUGCUAAAGAACAGGACCCAGGCUCUCGCGCGUAUGGCGGAGCGCCAUGAUGAUAUCAAGCCCGGCCAUGCGACCACCUGGGACAAUUUGACGGGAAUGGUGCAUGACCCAGCAAACGCCGAAAUGCCCAAGGAGAGCAACGUGUUUGGGUUGGACCUAUCGAACUUGCCCGAGGACCUGCUUAUCAGAAUGCCCACUGUGCAUAUCUGGGGUGCCAAGGACCCGCGAUUCCCAGCCGCGUGUCAGUUGGCGGGCUUCUGCUCAAACCGGAGGGAGUAUGACCACGGCGGUGGUCAUGAGAUCCCCAGAUCGACGGUGGUGUCGCAAACCAUUGCGAAUCUGAUCAUCGAAUUAGUCAAGCAGAUACAGUAGGGCGUGAGAGACACGCUAAAAGUGGCAUGUGACGGGGAAGAACAUGGUAUAUGAGAGGCAGCUAGAGCAAGCAGGCCAUGGCGUUGGGGUUCUUAGUGGUGGGUUAUCUUUAUUAGAUGCGUCUGAAGGCACUCUUACAUGGGAAGAACGGAAUGUACUAGAGGAAUCAUAUGUCGAAAGCGAAAGAGUCAAUUGACAGUCCUUGAUUU